GGACUCGUCAGCCGCCGCAAGAGCCACCUAAUCCACACCUUCGAACUCCGAACAUCUAGCAACUCCAGCGCCUUGAUCUUACAGUACAAAAGGGCGUUUCUUUCGCUGCGCUAGAAGUACUUCCGCCUUGUAGCCGUCCACUUGCGUUCACGACUGCCCAUGCGAUAGUGAAAGCGCACCGGAUCCUCCCCGGCAUCAGACCCUGUACGCGGCAUCACCAUGGCCCUCAUAUUUUCCUCGUCGCGAUGGCGGACAGCGCUAGUAGGAGGACUGUUGGCGACACUAUCGUGGAUACCGAGUGUCGCGGCAGAGAAAACACAGGCGGACUACUUUAUUCACGAGUUACCUGGGGCGCCACAGCCGUUAUUGAAGAUGCAUGCAGGACACAUCGAAGUCGAUGCGGAGCACAACGGUAAUCUCUUCUUCUGGCACUACGAGAAUCGCCACAUUGCAGAUCGACAGCGAACAGUACUAUGGUUGAAUGGCGGACCCGGCUGCUCCUCGAUGGACGGCGCGAUGAUGGAGGUCGGACCAUACAGAGUACGGGAAGGCGGCAACCUGGAAUACAACAAUGGCUCGUGGGACGAGUUCUCGAACCUGCUCUUCGUGGAUCAGCCUGUGGGAACGGGCUUCAGCUAUGUCAAUACGGACAGCUAUCUUACCGAUCUCAACCAAAUGGCUGACCACAUGAUGAUAUUUUUGGAGAAGUGGUUUGCGCUGUUCCCCGAAUACGAGCACGAUGAUCUAUACAUCGCUGGUGAAUCAUAUGCUGGACAGCACAUACCUUACAUCGCACGCGCAAUACUGAAUCGAAAUAAAAACAACCAGUCGAAGACACCAUGGGCACUCAAGGGUCUACUCAUCGGAAAUGGUUGGAUAUCGCCCGUCGAUCAAUAUCUCGCCUACAUACCCUUUGCUUACCAGAAUGGUCUCAUGCGGGCUGAUACGGAUAUGGCCCGGCGUGUUGAGAAUCAGCAGAGAAUAUGUGUCUCCAAGCUGAACGAGGGCGGCCAUGAACACAUAGACACAUCAGAGUGUGAGCAAAUCAUGGUUGCGAUUCUCGAUGAGACCAGGGAUAAGGAGGCCGACCCAAUGAACCAAUGCGUCAACAUGUACGACAUCCGACUACGAGACGACUCGUCGUGUGGAAUGAACUGGCCACCGGAUCUCAAGGACGUCACGCCCUACCUUCGCCGACCAGAGGUUAUUCAGGCUCUCCAUAUCAAUCCCGACAAGAAGACUGGUUGGCAAGAGUGCAAUGGAGCUGUUUCUGGACAUUUCCGUGCUAAGAACAGUGAACCUGCCGUCAAGUUUAUGCCCGAGCUCAUUGAACAAAUCCCGGUUCUUCUUUUCUCUGGCGACAAGGAUUUCAUCUGCAACCACGUAGGAACCGAGGCGAUGAUCGAGAACAUGAGCUGGAACGGAGGAAAGGGCUUCCAGGUAUCCCCGGGUGUCUUGAGUGCUAAGCAGGAUUGGACGUUCGAAGGAGAAGCUGCUGGCACUUGGCAAGAGGCGCGAAACCUCACCUAUGUUGUCUUUUACAAUUCCAGCCACAUGGUUCCCUUCGACUACCCGAGGCGUACGCGAGACAUGCUAGACCGCUUCAUGGGGGUCGACAUUGGCGCGAUCGGUGGGAAACCAGCCGAUAGUCAAAUUGAUGGCGAGAAGGGCCCGAUGACCAGCGUUGGCGGCCACCCUAACUCCACCAUAGCCGAGGAAGAUAAGACCAAGCAGCUCAAGCAGGCAGAAUGGAAAGCCUACUACCGAUCUGGAGAGGUCGCACUUGUUGUUGUCAUCAUCGUUGCGGGUCUUUGGGUCUUCUUCCUCUGGCGUAACCGACGUGCUGCCAGUGGGUACAAGGGUGAUGAUGGCGAUGAGGGACGCGAAUCUCUGCUCACUGGUAUGGGCCUCGAUAAUUUCAGGAGAAAAGAGCGAAGGCAGGAUCUCGAGGCAGCAGAUUUUGACGAAAGGGAGCUCGACGAUCUUAAUGAGGGAAAGAGUUCAGCAAACGGCCAUUCGAACGUCAGGUCGAAUGAGAAAGACCGGGUGCCACAGAAUGAUUCCACCUUUAGUCUAGGAGGCGACAGCGACGAUGAGGCGGAGGGGAGCGAAUUUGGCAGAAGAAAAGAACGAUCAUGAUCAAGUUGGAGCAUUUCUGCGGCGCAUCAUUAUACCUUGGGGACAGGUACUGGGCUAGAUACUGACCGGACAUGCAUUGCAGGCGUCUGCGGCGUAGAAGUACACAUUUACCAUGAUGCGAUUUAUGGGACCUAGGACGAGUAUCAUAAUAGAAACAGCUACUAUGCUUAAUACUAGCACAUACCAUCCAAAUC